AUGCCGAACAUGGACGUCAGCGACCUUAACACGGUCAUCGCUGUCCUCGGCGCCUUCAUCAUCAUCUUCGGCAUCAUAUCCGUCAAGAUCAAAAGCCGCUGGUUCCUCGGUGAAGCGCUACCAGCCGUCCUCAUCGGGAUCAUCCUCGGCCCUAUAUUAGCCAAAUUCCUGGACAGUUUAAGAUGGGGUUCUUCACCAUCCCCUGAGCAAACAUCGACGAUCACCCUCGGUCUGACCCGCAUCAUGAUCAGAGUCCAGCUAGUCAUUGCGGGUUAUCAGGUUCCGGCCAAGUAUCAGCUCCUGCGCUGGAAGGAGAUGGCCCUGUGUUUGCUCCCCAUCAUGACCGUCAUGUGGCUUUGCACGACGCUGUGCAUGUUGGCGACGGUGCCAGACCUCAGCCUCCUGUCGGCGCUGGUCAUUGCUAGUUGUGUAACUUGCACAGACCCAAUCCUCAGCCAGGCCAUUGCCAAGGGCCCUUUCGCUGACAAGUUUGUGGCUCGUGAUCUGCGCAAGAUCAUAUCGAGCGAAGCCGGCGCCAACGAUGGGUUUGGGUUCCCUUUCCUGAUGUUGGCUGUGUACUUGAUGAGGCAUGCCAAUAGUGAUGGUUCUUCUGGUGGACAUGGCGCGGAGGCGGCGGCUGAGGUCGUCGCUCGGAUCCACCGGCCUGACUUCAUGCCCAACGUGUGCAAGAACUACAAGGAAGCCUUCUUCAUGGGCUACUUCGGUCCCAUUGGUGCUGGUGCGGUGUUCUACGUUGAGCACACCCGCCACUUGUACCCCGAGCUGGGCCAUGGCGACGAGGAGGAAACCCACCUCGUGCGCGUCAUGAUUUCCGUUGUGUAUGUCCUCGUCUUGUUCUCGAUCGUGGUUCACGGACUGUCGAUUCCGGGGCUCAACUUGAUCUACAAGUUUUGCGGUGUCAAGCCGAUUAUGGACGAUGCGGUCGUGGUGCGUCGCAAGUCGGUUCGGGUGCCGACGCCUGUCAUCGCCGAGGUCAACGACAGCAAGACGUUUGUCGCGUACAACCGCUUCUCAAGGCCGGUAUUCGAGCCGGGCGAGCUGCCAGUUGUCGAGGAGCGCUACGGCGGUGGCAUAUGCAUCAUGACGGCGGUCGGGCGGCGACGCCUGAUUCGGUCGAGCUUGAGAAGGACAGAACUUCGCCCGGCAGUCAACGUGAUUGCUCUAUACGCUUCAGUCAGAACAGGUUCUAAAUAG